AUGUCCAUCACCGUAUACCUCGUCCGCCACGCUCAAGGCUACCACAAUCUCUCCCACGAAAACGAAAAGCUCUCAGAUCCCCUCCUCACCCCGCUCGGCGAGUCGCAGUGUGAGGCCCUGCGCGCCUCCUUCCCCCACCAUGACAAACUCACCCACCUCGUCGCCAGCCCCAUGCGCCGCGCCCUGCUGACGUGCCGCCUGAGCUUUGCGCCAGACGGCAUCCUGAGCACCAGCCAAGGCCACAAGAGCCACGCGUCGGUCGUCGCGCAGCCCUUGAUUCAGGAGGUGUCGGCGCUCCCCUGCGACACAGGCUCGGACCCGGAUGUGCUGGCGAGCGAGUUCGGGUCGUGGGCAGACCUCGGCUUGGUGCAUGACGGGUGGAACGACAAGAAGCCGGGGUCGCGGUUUGCGCCCACCGUCGCCAACCUUGAGGCACGCGCGGCGGCGGCGCGGCGCUGGUUUCGGACGCUGGGCAAGGAGGGCCAGGACGUGCACGUCGCCGCGGUCUCGCACGGUGCCUUCCUUCACUUCCUUACGGAGGACUGGGACGGGAUGGACCUGUCGCGGGGCACGGGCUGGUCCAACGCCGAGUGGCGGUCCUACGAGUUUGUGGAGGGGCCGACCGGCGGGGAUGAGAGGGCGAGCAUCCGGGAGACGAAGGAAAGCUGGACGAGGCGCAAGGGCACAGCGGUGCCGCUGACCGAGACGGAGCAGAAGGAGGCCCGUGAGGUCAUCCUGGAGGGGAUGCGGCGGCAAUUUGGGGAGAGCGUCGACGAUCAAGAGCCUGGAAGAUCAUAG